GGAAAACCAGCUAAUUGCAGCUCAGUGUUUUCUCUUUCCAGGACAGUUUCCAGAGGAAUCACACUUAUCCUUCAGCCAGACUGACCAGAAGAAGUUUCAAGGUUUUGGAGGAGACCUUUAAGGCAUAAUGGGACUUAUGGCAGACAGAAGGGAAGCAUAGAAGUCAACCCUGGGGAUUUAAAAGAAAUCUGAAGGGCUACCACAUGCUCUGGCAAGGUGUGCAACUUGCAAAAAGGAAACUUCUGUAGCCAGUGAGGGCUCUCACCAACAUCCAGCCUUAUUUGGAGAGGCCACCUGAGAGAAUUGCAAAGUUAAUACCAUUUGGGUUACCUAGGACUACUUUUGCAUCCAGUCCUUUCUGCUCAAAAGGCAAUGGGUAGGAUGCAACCCUGUUUGCACUCUGAGGACCCCAUGCUCAGCUGCACACUGGUGCACGUGCACUUCACAGAGGUGGGAUCACGGUCAAGGACUAUGGGAUUGCUCUCUGGAUGCAGCAGCUGUAAUUCAGUGUGACAGCUUGUCCAGGCACUGCUCCACAACUGCAUCCAUCUGUCUGUCUGCUCCACAGAUGCCAGCAGUGUCACCAGCUUUCUUUGAGCAAGGUCCUGCUCUGACUCUGGGGGGAAGCCACCCUGCAGCACAUCAGUUUGCUUUCUCAGGAACUUUGGCAAUGCUGAAGCAUUAUCAUCUCUUUGCUUUCAUGUAACUGUAAUUUGCAUAAGUACAGGAGGCAAACCCCACAUCUGAAAAAAAAAAGCUUUCGUAGAUUUUUAACCAUUGUUUCCUGCUGGGGUGUGAUAUCAUAAUGUUAAAAUUAAUCUCUUCUGAGGAGCAUUUGUGAAUUUCCAGAGUACUAAAGUCACUGAAAUAUGUGACUCAAUUCCACAUUUGAUUUCUUUAAAAUGCUGUCCAAGCUAUGGGAAAAAAUAGUGGGCACCUGGUAUCAGUUUAUAAUUGGGUUUUUCCAUAUUAGAAUGGGAAUUUUGCGAAGACUCAAUUAAAAGGAGUGUCCUCCUGUUCUUCUGUCACCCAUCAGACUGAGCUGACAUGAAUGCCAGCAUGCUGUCAUACAUACUCCUCUCUUGUCUGCUGCUCUCUGUGCAAGCAGAGUAUUGCGGUGUCCGGGAAAUUAUCCGCUAUACAGAGCACCUGCUUGGCAAAAGUCCUGUCAGUUGCCCAUGUAGGCAGGCUGCUGUCAGUUCAUGUUCGUGUCUCCCCAUCCCUGAAAGUGGCCAUGAACUGGCAUGCUUUGUGAAUGGAACCAAGCACCUGCUGGAAAACAAUGAAUCUUCCAAUUCAGUAAUUACAAGGCUUUACCGGACCUUCCAGGCUCUACUGGAUAGAAAACUCUGUAAAAGAAUGGCACAUGACGAUCAAUGCCAGUACAAGACCAAGGGAAAUGUGACAGAAUUUCUGGAAACAAUCCUGAAAACCUAUCAAAAAAUUAAUAAAUCCGAUGCUUAAUGUUUUGGUUUUUUUUAAAGAUUUUCAAAACUCCAAAGUCUUUGAA